AUCCAGCAGUAGAGGGACGUGAUAGAAACGUCGCCGGCUAUGGGACCAUCAAAAUGACCAUCAGAUCACUUGGAAUGGUGUGUGUUCUCUUCUGCGCUUACACCAGUCGGAUAUCCGGUGCUUUCGGGUUAUUAGACUGAGACAGCGCUUUUUUUGGAACGUUUUCUUGCCUUCUGAGCGCCGAAGAUGGUCGUCCACUUUCUCCAAUCAUGGGGGGCUUUAACAGUCCUGCUCCACAUGCCCGGGUUGUUACCAGCAGCCACACUCGAACCCUACGACCUGCUGUACAGCAGCGGGAUGGACGCGUUCCAGCGGGGUGAUUACGCAGACGUGGUGCGGUACAUGGAGAAAGCGCUGGAGAAUUUCGCCCAAGUGCGCCAGACCAAAAUGCGCUGUGGACUCGGGUGCAGGGAUCAACACAAGCUCGACGCGACUGCGACUGACCUCCAGCUGUUUGAUGCGAUUUUGCGGAGAGCCGCUUGUCUCAACGACUGCACGGAAGGAAAACUCGGACCUUCUUCCAUGCACAAAGUCAGCGCUGAUGUCGAGCAAGACUUCCACAGGAGAAUCCCAUACAACUAUCUUCAGCUCGCGUACCUCAAGCUUAAGCAGCCGGACAAAGCAGCAGCUGCUGCUCACACAUAUUUCCAGGCAAAUCCUGAGCACAUAGAGAUAAACCUGGAGCAGUACAAGGCAUUGCAUGGCGUGGAAGAGAAGGACUUCAUUAACCGAGAAGCCCGUCCACAUCAGAGAGCCUUCACUGCUGCAGUGCAACUGUACGAUAAUGGCAGCUAUGAAGCAUCUGUGGUUCUCUUCGAGGAGGCUUUGACUGAAUACUACAAAGCAGACGCAGCAUGUCGAGUACUAUGUGAGGGCCCUCAGAGCUUCAGGGAUCACGAUCAUGUGCUCUACCGCUACACCCUCUCUGAGCUCAUCUCAGAUCAUUACACACAAGUCCUGAACUGCAAGCACGGGUGUGUGAGAGAUUUGGCUACACGCCCCGGUCGCCUCUCGCCAAUGGAGAACUAUCUGCCGCUGCACUAUGAUUACCUGCAGUUUGCUUAUUUCCAGGUGAACAAUCUGGAGCAGGCUCUGUGCUGUGCUCUGACUUACCUGCUGUUCCAUGAAGAAGAGGAGUUCAUGACUGAAAAUGUGGAGUACUACACUGAAAUGCUGGGACAUGGGGGACAGCCUCGCCAGGAUGCUGUGCACUAUUUGAAGAGACACAAGAAAGAGUUGGAACUACUCCUCAUCGGCAGUAAUAAUUUGGGUGUGCAGUACGUAGAGGAGAACUACUGGAGCAGCUCUGGUGGAAGAGAUGAUGAAAAUCGGAUCCCCUCCGGAACAGACGGGUGGAUGGAGUAUGUGCCCAUAUCUAAGAAAAAGAACAGCUCAGUGGUCAUGAUGCAGCAGCUACAAGAGGGAGGCUCUUUGUUGUAUGACAGAAUUCGACUGGUGAAGAACUCGGUUGCUCUAAACGGAACACAGAGGGUUCUCUUUGAUGAUGUGAUUUCUGAAGAUGAGUGUUCUGACCUGAGGCAUCUGGCACAUAUUACGACAAGUACUGGAGAUGGUUACAGAGGAAAGGUGUCCCCUCACACACCAAAUGAAAAAUUUGAAGGGACAACUGUGCUCAAAACUUUGAAGUAUGGUUAUGAAGGCCGUGUUCCUUUAAGAAGUGCUCGUCUCUUCUACGACGUCAGCGAGAAGGCCAGGAAGAUAAUCGAGUCCUAUUUCAUGCUGAAUUCCACUCUACAUUUCUCAUACACACAUCUAGUGUGCAGGACGGCUGUCCCAGAUCAGCAGGAGCACAGGAAUGACCUUAGUCACCCGAUCCACGCUGAUAACUGUCUUCUAGACCCCGAAGCCAGUGAAUGCUGGAAAGAGCCUCCUGCUUACACAUACAGAGACUAUAGUGCCCUUCUUUACCUCAACGGGGAUUUUGAAGGUGGUGAUUUCAUAUUUACUAAAAUGGAUGCCAAAACUAUCACGGCUUCAGUGAAGCCGAGGUGUGGGCGGAUGGUGGGUUUCUCCUCAGGUGGUGAGAACCCACAUGGUGUGCGUGCAGUCACAAGAGGGCAGCGUUGCGCUGUGGCGAUCUGGUUCACCCUUGAUCCUCUCUAUAGAGAGCUAGAGAGGCUUCAAGCUGACGAAGUGAUUCAAGCUCUUGAAAACCAGCACCAGUGGGAUCACAUCAACCAGAAAGAUGAGUUAUAGUCCAAGUCAAUGAGAGCAAGUCUGAGAUUCACAGAAAGCAUUUCAUAUAGAGCAGUUACUAUUUAUUUUGCCUAAUGUUAUCAGAACUAUUUUAUUUUUAUACUGUUUAUUGUUGCACUGUGUUUCUGUGAUUCAGUCCAUGAGAUUGAGUUGUUGUGCAUAUCAGGUUACAUUUAGGUCGUAUCUUCCAAUAUUACCUUUAACGUGCUGGUGCAUCAUGGAUCAUGCAGAGAUACUGUACAAGAUAAUCUACAGUGUAGAUACCUUUUUCGUGGGGUUAUUAAAACAAUUGUUCAGGUACAUUAAGAGAGAAAUUUUAUUAGUAUUGGUGUGAGGAUUUGCAAAUGAUUUUUGUGUUUACUGCACAUGCCUUACAGCAAAACCUUUUUUUUUUUUCAGUCUGGUAGCACCAAUCAUUGGAGCACUGUAUUUUCUUUUACAGAGUGAUAUCAAAUUAUUAAGAUGUAGUUUGUUCCUGUUUCAAGGAAUUGUCUCUAAAUUGUGGCUUAUCAUGGUUCAUGGUUCUGGUUUUCUCUCCAGUUGCCAUUUGCACUGUCCUUUAAAUAUGGCAAAGGAGUUUAGUUUAGACUCAGUUUGUUCACAUUAUUUGUGCUAAGGAGCAUGGCCACGCACUGAUGUGUAUUGUGACACAUAUUUAAUGAUACCUUAAACUGACACAAGAUAUUUGUAACAAUAAUGUAUUUUAAAUUAAAGAUUUAAACACAA